AUGAGUUUAUUUACAAGGAUGUAUAUCGACAAGACUUGGUUUGCAUUGCGACAGAGAAACCAUUCAUCUCGCAGUUUGACGACCAGCAACUCUAUCGAUGCACCUAGCCAACCAAGUGCUACAGUCCCAGCACGUGGGUUAAAGCAUGUGUUCAAGGAAUAUGGACCAGUUGGAUUCAUUACAUAUUCAAGUAUAUCGCUUGUUUCAUAUCCAAGCUGGGUUGCAGCCAUCUAUUUUGGUGUGGAUGUAACUCCCAUAACAUCCAAAAUGAAUGAUUUGAAACAGUGGUGGGCAUCGACUACAUCCCAAUCUGAUGAUCAGCCUUUGUAUACUGACAUGUCUUCAACUGAACCUUGUACAUCGGAUUGGUAUACAACAGUUGGGACAACCUUGCUUGUUGCCAUGACUGGACACAAGAUUAUUUUCCCGUUGAGAGCUGGGUUGACCAUGUUUUUGACUCCAUCCGUUGCUCGGUUUAUGAGAGCAAAUAACCUCGAGUUUUGGAUGAAAACCAAACCAACUGUCAAGUCCUAA